UAGGAGCAGGGAAAGGGGUCCCGGGACUACGGAGAAACGGCGGCCGGGAAGGGGCUACCGGGACAUGGGGCUUCUGACUAUUCUGAAGAAGAUGAAGCAGAAAGAGCGAGAGUUGCGACUGCUCAUGCUUGGCCUGGACAAUGCUGGCAAAACAACCAUCCUCAAGAAGUUCAAUGGGGAAGACAUCGACACCAUCUCCCCGACGCUGGGCUUCAACAUCAAGACCCUGGAGCACCGAGGAUUCAAGCUGAACAUCUGGGAUGUGGGCGGCCAGAAGUCCCUGCGGUCCUACUGGCGGAACUACUUUGAGAGCACCGACGGCCUCAUCUGGGUGGUGGACAGCGCCGACCGCCAGCGCAUGCAGGACUGCCAGCGGGAGCUCCAGAACCUGUUGGUGGAGGAGCGCCUGGCUGGAGCAACCCUCCUCAUCUUUGCCAACAAGCAGGACCUGCCUGGAGCGCUGUCCUCUAAUGCUAUCCGUGAGGCCCUGGAGCUGGACUCCAUCCGCAGCCACCACUGGUGCAUCCAGGGCUGCAGCGCUGUCACUGGGGAGAACCUGCUGCCCGGCAUCGACUGGCUCCUGGAUGACAUCUCUAGCCGCAUCUUCAUGGCCGACUGAGCCGCUCAGAUGCUCCCCAGCUCACGGUCCAGGCGCCCCCAGCAGGCCCUCACCAAGCACCAUCCAUGGGGGGGUGGGAGUCAGCCAGCCCACCUAACACCCCCUGCCCACCCCGUAACCUACUGCUGCUCUGUGGCCAGCCGGCUCCCGUGGCGGGAGGGCUGUCACCCUGGCUCCUGAGCCGGCCUGCUUGCAGCUGCCGUACCAAGAGGAGAGGGCUGGGGCUGGGAGGGCCUGCCUCUGCUGCUACCGAGGCUGUGAGCCUCGCCAUUCGCUCAGCUGUGAGAAUAAAUUGUUCCUCGCUCCCA